CCAUCAUCAGCCCGAGACCAUAAACACGCUCUCUCUCUCUCUCUCCUUCCUCCCUCUCCUGAAGGAGAAUCUCUCUCUCUCUCUCCCCUCUCUGUCUCUCUCUGCGCAAAGGCACCAGAGCCUCUCCUCCAUUGGGGGUAGAUGAUCCUAGUUGGUGGGAUUUCAUUUCAUGAGGGCUAUGCCGGCCGUAGGAGGAAAUAGUGCUCUGUUUUAGGAUUUGUUCAGGUUGCAUGUGCUACAAAAGUCCAGUACUGUUCCAGUCUGAAGAUUUUCCCAGCACAUAGCAUUUGAGCACAUGUGGUUCUACCUGAUGCUCAACAUUUAGUAAUUCAAAAAAAGAAAUUGGAUGCUCAAAUACCAGAGAUCACCAAAGUGUCAGAUGGUUUAGCCUGUCAGGGUUCAUUGUUCUACUGAAGCCAGAGGGUAAUGGACAGGGCAGACACAUCUGGUUUUGUUAGUAGUGGAUUCAACGGCACCUUUCUGCUGCUCAUAUUCUUUGACUUCGUCUAUUCCAGAAUCCACAUAUAAAAGGAUCAGAAAACAUCUGAACUUUUGUUGCCAAAGAGAUACUUGUUCUCAUUGAUUUUUGUUUCUUCCAACCAUCUUCACUCAGUUCGCUGUACAGAGGUUUUUAGCUAGGAUGAAUAUCGAUUUCGUGGAUAGCCGUCAUGUUGGAAACCAGAACCUGAUGGACGGUUCUGCGGUAAUAAUGUCCGGACACUCGGUGCCGAGCUACACGACAGCCGGGUAUGGUCAGACCUCGUUCUCCCUGGACUUCCGGGGUUCAGCUGCAAUGGACAGCUACAGCCAUGGCAACAGGGGUGUCCGGAGGUCGAUUCAUGUUUCUGCACAAGACGAUGCCUGCAGGCUGGUACUCGGACUGGGCUCAUCGCCGGAACUUAGCUCUGCGGAUUACAGGCCUGCCGACGGAGCUGGCAAAUCGAAAGCACCGGUGACUCUGUUUGGCCGGAGUCUGUCAUUCAAUAAUCCUGGGACGGUGAGCCUUGGGCCUCGUGAUCAGGGAGAUGGUGCUGAAGCAACCGUGCAGAGUUCUGAAGCGCCUGCUGGAAACAUCAUCUCCUUCUCUGUAGACGAGGGCUCGACGUCGGGCUUGAGGAGCUCCGGUGGCUACAUGCCGUCGAUGCUCUUUGCGCCUCGGCCGAAUCUCUCUGUCGCUGAAGAGGCACAUGAUGAUCUGCCGGAUCACACGGACAACACCAAUGGUGGCAGUACUGCUCAGCAUGGCCUUCAGUUCAGCCCUGAACCUUCGGCGACGACCAUGACGGAGACUUCGUUUGGUAUGAGCUCUGAUGCUGUAACCGGUAUAACCAACAAUUCCGGGCAGCCUGCUCCGCGGCGGCAUCCGAAGAAGUGCAGGUUCAAAGGGUGCUCGAAAGGCGCGAGAGGUGCGUCGGGCCUGUGCAUCGCCCAUGGCGGCGGGCAGAGGUGUCAGAAGCCCAGGUGCCACAAGGGCGCCGAGAGCCGCACGGCCUACUGCAAGGCCCACGGAGGCGGGCGGCGGUGCAUGCAGCUGGGCUGCACCAAGAGCGCCGAGGGGAAGACGGACCACUGCAUCGCCCACGGCGGAGGCCGCCGGUGCGGGUACAACGGGUGCCCGAAGGCCGCGCGGGGCAAGUCCGGGCGAUGCAUCAAGCACGGAGGAGGGAAGCGGUGCGCGGUGGAAGGCUGCAUCCGGAGCGCCGAGGGGAAAGUCGGGCUCUGCAUCUCCCACGGCGGCGGCAGGCGGUGCCAGCACCCUGACUGCCGCAAGGGCGCGCAGGGGAGCACGCUGUACUGCAAGUCGCACGGCGGCGGCAAGAGGUGCGUGUUCGAAGGGUGCUCCAAGGGCGCCGAAGGCAGCACGCCGCUGUGCAAGGCGCACGGCGGCGGGAAGAGAUGCAUGUACGAAGGAGGCGGCGUGUGCCCCAAGAGCGUCCAUGGCGGCACCAGCUACUGCGUGGCGCACGGCGGCGGGAAGCGCUGCUCCGUGGCGGCCUGCGGCAAGAGCGCGCGUGGGCGCACGGAGUUCUGCGUGAAGCACGGCGGAGGGAAGCGGUGCAAGGUGGAGAGCUGCGGCAAGAGCGCGCAGGGGAGCACGGAGUUCUGCAAGGCACACGGCGGAGGGAAGCGGUGCACGUUCGGCGGGCUCACGGGCACGGGCGGCUGCGAGAAGUUCGCCCGCGGGAGGAGCGGGCUCUGCGCCGCGCACGCCACGCUCGUGGCCUCGUCGCAGUCGCGGCAGCAGCAACAGCGCGGCGGAGGGAAGAACGGCGGCGGGAGCUUGAUCGGGCCGGGGCUCUUCCGCGGCAUCGUGUCGUCAUCGGCCGCCGCUAGCGCCAUGAACUGCGAGUACUCGUCGUCGGGCGUGAGCACGGUGUCGGACUGCGACGGCUCGCCCGUGGCGAGGCAGGAGCUGAUACCUCCUCAGGUGCUGGUUCCCCUCUCUAUGAAGUCCUCGUCGUCGCCAUCCGUGCCAUCGUCGUCGUCAGAUAGGCGCAGAGAGGGCGGAGAGCUCUCUGUUCCCGAGGGGAGGGUGCACGGCGGUGGCCUCCUGUCGUUGCUCGGCGGGAGCUUCAGGAACGUCGUUGACGUCGACAAGCUGUAGCCCCGCACGUGCCCGGUCUCUUGGCAUGCUCGAUCAAUUUCUGUCCAAAUUUUAUACGACUAGUUGUUUUUAAACCCCCCCAAAAUUUGAACAUUCUACGGAUCUUCUAGAUGUUAGAUUGGUGGCAUACAAGGGAGGCUAUUGCCUACUGGUACGUUGUUUUACAGAUUGUUGUUGUGUCUCAUUUUGUGACAAAGGGUCCACACAUGUAUCUGCCAUUGAAAGCUUAAAUUCAUGGCAGGUCCUAAAGCUUUUUGGCAUGGAAAGCUUUUAAUUAGGUUUUUAAUUCUUGCUGAUUACAUGUAUAUGUAAUAAUGGAACCUUUCUUUUGCUACAAUAUAUUCUGGUGGAUUAUCUGGUCGAGGAUUCUCAGAAACACCGUUGAAAAUAAUAA